AUGGCGAACCCUCCUUCCUCCGACCCUUUCCUCGAAGUGCAAACCGACGUGCAGUCCACACUCCAAAGCACACGGCACCUAUUCUCCAGCUACCUCCGUAUCCGCACGCUGUCCACGUCUGCGACAUCCCCAGAACUGCAACAGUCGCGCGCAGAGCUGCGUUCCAACCUCGAAACAUUAACAGCAGACCUUGCGGAUCUGCUGGACAGCGUCAAGGCCGUUGAGUCGGACCCGUACCGCUUCGGUCUAGAUGUUGCGGAGGUGCAACGGAGGAGACAGUUCGUGCAGGAUGUAGGCGACGAGGUGGAGGGGAUGAGGAGGGAGUUGGAGGGCGUCACUACAGACACACACGUCGCCGGAGGAGUAUACCCUACGUCUGCCCCUACAGCACCCGCCGGCGGCGGCGGUGGGAGCACAAGAGGACCGAAUGAGAGACUACCGAAUCCCUCAUCCUUCGAGGAUGAUCACGAUGACGAAGACGACGACGACCCCUACGGCGCUUUCGAGACUCAGCAGCAAGAGAUGAUGAUGCGCGAACAAGACGAACAACUGGACGGCGUGUUCCAAAGUGUCGGCGUCUUGCGUGGUCAGGCAGAAGACAUGGGCCGCGAACUAGAGGAACAAGGUGCCCUGCUGGACGAGGUAGACACCCUGGCAGACCGUGUGGGAGGGAAGUUGAGUGUUGGGGUAAAGAAAGUGGGCGAGGUGAUUAGACGGAACGAAGAUAGCAUGAGCAGUUGCUGUAUCGGGGUGUUGAUUGUGGUUUUGGUGAUAUUGUUGAUCCUAGUCAUUGUCAUUUGA